AUGGUAACACAGGCUGAAAAUGCUAGGUUCUUUGCCAUCGGCUGCUUCCCAGAAACAGAUGCUCAGGCACCUCCAGCUCUGGGAAUCCAUGUUCACGCGCCUUCCGGAGCAGCCCUCCGUCUGCUGGUGGACUUUGGGGACAGUUGUGGAGCUGAGAUGAGACUGUGUACAAAAACAGGUGUGGCUGUGGUGACUGGCUACCACCAGUACAGGAAAGAAGGUGUCUAUAAGCUCAGGGCUGUGGUCCAUGACUUUCAUGGUGCUGAUGUGGAACUGGGGCCAUACUACGUGGAUUUUGGCCAUGGAAAUGUGUCUGUGUUCAUGAAUUCCAGCUCUAUUCACGAUGGCGAAGCUCUCUCCUUUGCUGAUUCUCUCCCACAGGAAAAAGGCACAGUCGUGAUGCAUUGCUUUUCAUCUGUUUCUUCAUACAAUGUGUCCUUUAUUUCUCAGACCCACGAGGACGGUGGCCACGCUUGGCUUGGAGUGACUGUUGGGUACAAGAUGCAAUCUGUGUCUGUCUACAGCAAUGGAACUGUGUUUGCUGCAGACACAAACAUCACAUUUGUGGCUGUUACCAAGGAAACCUUGCCCCUGGAGUUUGCAUGGUAUUUCGGAGAUGGCCCACCAGUGAGGACAACUUCCAGAAGCAUCAGAAGACAGCUGAACAUCCCUCAGUGGUACCAUGUGACAGUCAAGGCCACCAGCAGGAUCAGCAGUGUGGUCUCUGAGCCCCACAUCAUCAGGGUGCAGAAGAGAAUCAUGGCCAAUAGGCUCAUGUCCCCUGCCUCAGCCGUGGUAAAUGCCAAUGUGUCCUUUGAGUGCAGGCUCAACUUUGGCACUGAUGUAGCCUACCUUUGGAACUUUGGAGAUGCCACCAUUCAGCCGGGUAGCAGCGCUUCCAGCCAUGUCUACAGAAGGGAGGGAGAGUUUACAGUUGAAGUCCUUGCCUUCAAUAACGUCAGCUCUGCCACCCUCAGAAAGCAGCUUUUCGUGGUGCGCGAACCUUGCCAACCACCCCCAGUGAAGAACAUGGGGCCUGUGAAGGUGCAGAUAUGGAGGUCUCAGCCCCUGAGACUAGGAGUGACGUUUGAAGCUCCAGUCCUCUGUAACAUUUCCCAAGGGCUUUCCUACACCUGGAGCUUUGUGGAUGCAGAGGCAACUUCUGUCCCCCUCCCUGCUGCUGUCAACACCCACUGCCAGACCAUCAUGCUCCCAGGUUACACACUGCAGUGUGGGAACUACACUGCCAUAGCCAAGGUUCAGAUCAAGGGAAGCAUAGUGUAUAGCAACUACUGUGUUGGUGUGGAGGUUCAAGCCAGGGCCCCUAUCAGCGUGAUCUCUGAAGGCACGCACCUCUUCAUCCCCAGGACCACCUCAACCUCAACCUCCAUCAUCCUCAGAGGGUCCCAGUCCUAUGACCCCGACAACCCAGGGGCUGCUCUUAGGUAUCACUGGACUUGCACUGCAGCCAGCUCACCAACGUGGCCCUGCUUUGAUGACUCGACUACAAACCGAGUGGACACUCAGGCUCCUGCCAUUUCCUUCCCAGCAAAGUGGCUCAGUGAGUGCUGUGACCAGUUCCUUGUGACACUGAUGGUCUCCAGCAGUGGACAGAACUCUUCUCAGGCCUUGAUUUUCCUGUCCACCCGUCCUGACCCAGAUUUCAGAUUCGUCCAUAUCUCUUGGGUCAACUUUAGAGACAUCCGUGUGAACUGGAAUGAAGAACUGUCUCUCAGAGCUGUGUGUGAAGACUGUGGAGAUGUACCUGACCUCACUUAUUCCUGGGACCUUUUCCUAGUCAACGCAACAGAAAAGAGUAUAAUAGAAGAUAGGGCACUGAGAUACACCAAAGAGGAGGGUACUCAAGUCAGGAGCAUCAUUGAAGUGUUAGUGACAGGAGUAUGGGUGAACAUAAAAACAGUCCCCUUCUGUAGCACCGUGGAGCUGCUGGGCACUUCGGCACUUGGGGCCAUUCUGAAGUUGUCUGAGUCAUCUCUGCUGUCAAAUCCCAGAGCGUCAUCGACUACACACUCAGCAGAGCCUUCAGCCAUGCCCAUGGGCUGGGCAGCUCUUUCCAACCCGGGAAGCAUUUCUGCUGAGUCCACAGCAAGUGGUUACCACAUUCCAUCUGAGCAACCUACGGUAGGCCCAGGGGAGCCUAUGGAGGACUAUAGCUCACUUGGUCCAGCAUCAGGUUCCCUGGAUGAGGAAGUCCUGAUGAUGAACAGCCCUGAGGGAACCUGGCCCCCUCCCAGUUCCUCUGAUGCCUUUGGUGAUUUUGAAGCCUAUUAUAGUGACAUCCAAGAAGCAGUGCCGUCUCUGGGGAGACAACCAGGGACCAGUACCAAAUUCCACGAAUCAGAGCCAAGCAUGAGUGUUGAGGAGAAUUCCAGUUAUGGGGACAACCUGCUAGGCCCUUUCCUCCACACAGGCAGAGCAAAGCCAUGUCUCAUGAUUGACUGGCCCAAGGCACUGGUUAGCCGAGCUGUCUUCCAUGGCUAUACAUCAUCAGGUAUCAUGGGACCAGCUGUGACAAUAAAACCAUUCUCACUGAGCAGUGGUGAGACAUAUGUCUUACAGGCUUCUGUAGCUUCAAAACAUGCUCUACUAGGCAAAGCUCAGCUUUACAUAACGGUCAGCCAAGCUCCACAGGACAUGUUUUGCCAGGUGCGGCCCCACCACGGUAUGGAGGCACAUACCAUCUUCAGUGUCUUCUGCAUGUCAGGGAAGCCGGACUUUCAUUAUGAAUUUCGUUACUGGAUAGGAAAUGCUUCCUCACACACCCUGUACCGUGGACAAGAUACCCAGUAUUAUUUUUUACUGCCAGCUGGUGAGACCUCAGACAAUUACAAAGUCAUUGUUUCUACUGAGAUCACAGAUGGCCAAGGCUCCAAGGUGCAGCCAUGCACUGUGGCGGUGACUGUGUUACCCCGUUACCAUGGAGAUGACUGCCCUGACAAGGACCUAUAUGACUCCACCCUAGAAAACCUGUCUACUCUCCAUCUGGUGGGAAGUCACAGGGAAAUCAGGAAUUACAUCGCCAUGGUCACUGGGAUCCUGAGCCGUCUGUACGUGGAGAGCAAAAACACUUCUUCGUGUGGUCAGUGGUCACAAAUACAGGAUAUAUUGAUUUCCUCAGCGUGCAAAAUACCUUUGACAGAUCAGGAAGCAAUGAUGGAGUCUAUUCAUAUAUUGAGAGACCUCAUAAGCCUCCCUAAUAAGUUGGGCUUGCUGAGUGCCAUGAACAUCCUCAAAUACACCCAGAUGUUCCUUGCUCAAGGUCAGUUCUCCAGGAAGUUGCUGGUCAACAACAAACUGAGAGUUGAACUUGUCCUUCUCAUCUCUGGAGUCUGGGAAGCCGCCAAAGAAGACACGUGGGAUGAGGUCUAUCUGCAAGAAGAAGGCAUGAAGAUCAUCUCUGACAUGUUACUAGCCUGUCUCUCCUUGAGCCACCAGCAUCAGUUUCACAUAAACACUGGGCAGAUGGAAUUUUGGACCCUUCUCCAUCAUAGCACUCGGAGUUUUAUCCAGAAUCUGGGCUUCAUCCGGAUACAUUUCCCUGGUGACCCAGCCUUGCACGGUCCUGGAGCUCGGGAGGAAACACAAAGUCCAUGCUACAUCAGCCAGCUCAUGGUCUUCAUGAAGAGCCCUUAUCCAGUGGGAAGAGCUCCUGGACAGGUGGGUGCUGUCAUGAGACCUAGCUUCUACAGCUGCAAGAGCCAAAGACCCAUCCUCAGAGGACGACUGGAGGUACCUGUGACUGUGGAGUUUGAAGAGGAAGGCCGCCAGCACAAGAAAAACCCAGCCAUGUUUGUGUUGCUUCGGGAUGAGGUGAAUGUCCACCGAUUCAAUGAGCUUUCAGAAAAACCUCAGGAAUCUUUGCAGAUAAGCAUCAGAUUCUCUAAGCCAGCUACAAGAGCCUUUCCCAUCAUGCUGUUAGUGAGGUUCUCUGAGAAAGCCACGCCUUCUGAUUUUCUGGUGAAGCGGAUCUACUUCUGGGAAGAGAAGACUGUACAAAUUUAUGUACCUGCUGCUCCAUGGAAAGGAGCCACUGUGGGAUAUUUGUCUCUCUUAGAUGCUGAUUAUGACAGGAGGCCUCCAAACAAGUAUCUUGCUGGGGCAGUAAACUACACGGUCUAUUUCCAAUGGAUCCAGUGUGUGUUUUGGGACAAGAGAGAGUGGAGGUCCGAAGGUCCCUGCCCACAGCCAGGAACGUCUCCUGAAAAAGUCAACUGCAGCUACCAUCGCCUCGCGCCUUUCUCUGUCCUAAGAAGAAAACUGAAUGCCACCUUUGAAGUGAGCAGCAUUUCUGAGUUUCGGAGUCACCCUCGCAACUUGCUUCCUGGUAUUUUCAGUGUGUUUUUCUUGGUCCUUUAUGGAUUUUUGGUGAGUAAAAGCAGAUGUGUAGAUUGUCAUGAGAAAAAGAAACCUGCUUGUAUUUUUCUGGAAGAAGAUAUCCAACCUGGCCACCAGCUGUAUGCAGUCGUCAUUGACACUGGCUUCCGGUCACCUGCCAAAUUUACCUCAAAGGUUUUCAUUGUUUUACAUGGUAAAAAUGGAGUCUCAGAAACCAAAGAACUCUGCUGUCCAGAGAAGCACUUAUUUGGAAGGAAUUCCAGGCACACCUUUAUACUGAGCACUGCUAACCAACUGGGUCCGCUCCAGAAGAUCCACCUCUGGCAUGACAGCAGUGGGCCUUCCCCAAGCUGGUUCAUCAGCCACGUGAUGGUAAAGGAGCUACGCUCAGGACAAGCUUGGUUCUUCUCUGCUCAGUGCUGGCUGGCUCUGAGCAUAGGUGACAGCAGUGUGCAGAGAGAGCUCUUCCGCCUGAGCCAUGGUCUUGGUUUCUACAAGCUUUUCUAUUCAAAGUUCACAGAGUACCUGGAGGAUUUCCACAUCUGGUUCUCACUGUUCAGCCAACCUGCCUCCAGCAGCUACCUGCACACACAGCGGCUUGCUGUGUCCUUCUGCCUGCUGUGUGUCUACUCGUGCCUCACUGCCCUGGUCGCUGUGACAGGCCAUGAACAGCACCUCCUGAAUGUGGGUCCUACUGAUAUCACUCCGGAAUCCUUCAGUCUGGCUCUCCUGUGCACCCUCCUGGCCUGUCCAGUUGCACAGCUCCUGUCACUGCUCUUCAGGUUCAGCAAGGAAGCCAGAGGGCAUCUACGGGCUGUGCCACAAUGGCCUCUCAGAGGAGUGAAGACAGAGGCAUCUCAGGCUCCUGAUCCCAGUGAGAGACCAAAUUCGAGGCAGCCCUCCCAGCAUCCUACGUCAGACAUUCUCUCUGGGACUGACCAAGCAUGGAGGAUGACAGCCAGUAGGAGUGGUGUGGUCUGCUCACCCUUUCUGUCGGAGGCCUGCAGGCAUAAAGAGCUGGCUUGGAGAGAGAAGAGCGGCCACUAUCCUCCCAGUUCUCAAGCUCCCAGCAGUGGUUUUGAAGGAGUUGGGCCCCAGCAGUCAAGGGUCUUUCUGCUAUGGCCAAGCUCUGUGGCCUGGACCAUCUGUGGGUCUGCUUCCCUGGCCUGUGGUUUGGGGACAGGAUUCCUAGGCUAUAGGUUUGUACCAGCGCAGUGUAUGUGGUGGCUGCACCUGCUGUCUCUCUCUCUGGUCUGCUGUGCAUUCAUCACCCAGCCACUCAUGAUCUGUUUGGCAGCACUGGCCUUUGCGUGGAGAAGGAAACAUGACAGCCAGUUUUUUAAGGAGGCUUUACGAGAUGCAAUGAAGGAUCUGGACUUGGAACUGGAAGAGCGUUCCAGAACCCACAUUCCUCUUUCUCUAAGCUCCUAUAGUCCUGACAGUACUGAGGAGGCUGAAAGGGUCUUAGCUGCCCGAAAACGAGAACGCCACCUGCGCUGGGCUCAGCCACCAUCUAGGGCCAAGUUUAGAGUGACCAGGGAGAGACUGAGGAGAGAGAGGUGUCUGCAGGCAGCCCUGAGAGAUAUUACCAUACACAGUAUCAUGCUACUGCUGCUUUUGUUUAUAGCAUAUGGGAGGUUAUGCCCAGGUGAAUAUUCUCUCAAUCAAGCCAUCAGGAAGGAGUUUACAAGAAAUGCUAAUCACUCCUUGGGGGACCUGAGGAGCACAGAGGACUGGUGGCACUGGACUCUGCGCACAUUGCUAGAUAAGCUUCAUCCAGAAGGACCCUCUGCUGGAGCUCGGGGGGCUCAGCCUGGAGCUCUUGGAGGGCAGUGCCACCUAAUAGGCCCUUCAGUGAUGACGCAGCUGAAGGUUUCUGCUGGCCCUCCAUGCAUGCCUCCCAGGACAUUCUCAGAGCUUGUGGAAGAUGUACCCCCUGUGCGUAGUCAUGACCUUGACCCUGAGAAUCUUAAUGUGACCCCUGGUGGUCCGGAGGCCUGUGGGGUGAAGAAAGAGAGCUACAUGUACAGCCUAGGAAGAACAAGGCACGAAGCCCAUGCAGCUCUGACCGCCCUCAGGGCCAGCGGGUGGAUCGACCAGAGGACCAGGGCCAUGUCUGUGCACUUCACUCUCUACAACCCUCCAACCCGACUCUUCACAAGUGUGACCCUAGGUGCAGAACUUCUCCCCACAGGAGGUCUCCUCCCCUCAUCCGUGGUCGAGUCCUUCAGCAUCUUCUACAGUGGCUCAGCCCCACAGUACCCUCUUAUGCUUUCUGAGCUGUUAUUCCUGGUGCUCAACGUGACCCACCUCUGUUUCCAGCUCUGGGGGUUGGCCACCGAGGGAAUCCUUAGGUACUGGAGAAAACCGAGACACUGGCUGGAGCUUUCUACUGUUGGAGCAGCCCUGGCCUACUAUGUGGCCUCCGGUCACCUCACUACCCUUUCUGAGAAUGUCACUGACCAGUUCCGCAAAGGAUUUUAUCAUAUGUUUGUGGACGUCAGCCUGAUGGUGUCAUGGAAUCAGAGGGCACGAUGGCUCCGGGGACUCCUUCUGUUCCUCUGGAUGCUGGAAUGUGUUCAUCUCCUCAGCUUUCUAAGCACCAGGGCAUCCUUCUCAGCAGUGAUGCAUUCCUCUCUCUCCAGAGUCUUGGCACCAGCGUUGGUGGGGGUCCUGUUGCUGGCUGCCCAUUCCCACUUGUGCUGGUUACUGCUCUUCACCUGGACACCAUCACCUGGCACCUCUGCAGAUGCAUUUCCUGGACUCCUGCUUCAAUUUCCAGGAAGAAGUAGAAAAGACUCACUGUACAAUCAUUUUGAGUUUGACCAUCGAGCUGUGGCUUAUUGUUGUGGGACCCUCUUUCUGCUGCUGGCUGCUCUAUUUUUCAGAAUGCUGAGAGCUUCCCUCCUGACUUUUUUCCGAAAAAGAAAGUCUUUUCACAGAAAAUCUCUCUUGACUCUUAAAGAUGUUGCUGUUUACACAUGGCAUAGAGUCCUCACCUUUCUAGGGCUGAAAACAACAACACUGGAAGAGACUGAGGCCGCAGACCAUAGUUAUUACCUGGAUGAAUUUUCAAGUCUGUUGGAUGAACUUCUGAUGAAGAUCGAUGGUUUGGCUUACAGCAUGGAACUUUCUAUCCUAGAAAAACAAUGGAAGAAGACCAUAGAGUCAAGGGCAGUGGAUAGUUCUUUAGGUGGCAUUUCAGAGUGCCAAGGUACUGGGAGAACUGUUUCUCUCAUUGAAGUAAGUGUGCCACAGGAAUCUUGCAUCUUCUGCCAUCAUCCGUGAGGCUGGAGCCGCCUGAAUUGUAAACCCGGAACGGUGUGAAACCUCACACCCGCUAUAGCCUUGGCAGCGGCUGUCUGCAUCCACCAUCAUCCUG